GAGACAUAUGAAGGUAUGAACACACUGAGGACACAGUCCACAUACUAGAGACAUAUGAAGGUAGGAACACACUGACUGAGGACACAGUCCACAUACUAGAGACAUAUGAAAGUAAGGAACACACUGAUGACACAGUCCACAUACUAGAGACAUAUGAAGGUAGGAACACACUGACUGAGGACACAGUCCACAUACUAGAGACAUAUGAAGGUAUGAACACACUGAUGACACAGUCCACAUACUAGAGACAUAUGAAGGUAUGAACACACUGAUGACACAGUCCACAUACUAGAGACAUAUGAAGGUAGGAACACACUGAUGACACAGUCCACAUACUAGAGACAUAUGAAGGUAGGAACACACUGACUGAUGACACAGUCCACAUACUAGAGACAUAUGAAGGUAGGAACACACUGAUGACACAGUCCACAUACUAGAGACAUAUGAAGGUAGGAACACACUGACUGAUGACACAGUCCACAUACUAGAGACAUAUGAAGGUAGGAACACACUGAUGACACAGUCCACAUACUAGAGACAUAUGAAGGUAGGAACACACUGACUGAUGACACAGUCCACAUACUAGAGACAUAUGAAGGUAGGAACACACUGAUGACACAGUCCACAUACUAGAGACAUAUGAAGGUAGGAACACACUGAUGACACAGUCCACAUACUAGAGACAUAUGAAGGUAAGGAACACACUGACUGAUGACACAGUCCACAUACUAGAGACAUAUGAAGGCUGGUACAGAGGUCACAGGCUGAGGAGGAAGUCCAAGAAAUUCCAGGGGAUCUUUCCUGCCUGUUACAUUCACCUCAAGGAGGCCACCGUUGAAGGCAAUGGGCACAAGGAGACGGUGAUUCCCAACGAGCUGCCUCUGGUCCAGGAGGUCACCACCACCCUGCGGGAGUGGGCUUCCAUAUGGAGAGACCUCUACGUGGUGAGUGGAGGGGACAGGCGUGAGAUGUUUAACUCUGUCAGGGACAUGAUCUAUGACCUGAUCGAGUGGCGAUCUCAGAUCCUUUCAGGGACGCUCCCACAAGACGAGCUGACUGAGCUUAAACAGAGAGUCACCUCUAAGAUCGACUACGGGAACAAGUAAGGAACUGCUGUGUCUCUCUCCUCUCUCU